AUGGCGAACCGCACGGACCCCCUGGCCCGGAGCAUCCACGGCACCAACCCUCAGAACCUGGUGGAGAAGAUCGUGCGGGCCAAGAUCUACCAGAGCAACUACUGGAAGGAGCAGUGCUUCGGCCUCACGGCGGAGACCCUGGUCGACAAGGCCAUGGAGCUCGACCACACCGGCGGCACCCACGGCGGCAACCGCAGGCCGACCCCCUUCCUCUGCCUCGCCCUCAAGAUGCUCCAGAUCCAGCCCGACAAGGAAAUCGUCGUCGAGUUCAUCAAGAACGAGGACUACAAGUAUGUCCGGGUUCUUGGGGCCUUCUACCUGCGCCUCACUGGCACCGUCGCCGACGUUUACCAGUACCUCGAGCCGCUUUACAACGACUACCGCAAGAUUAGGCAAAAGCUCAGCGAUGGAAAAUUCACGCUGACACACGUUGACGAAUUCAUUGACGAGCUCCUGACCAAGGACUAUAGCUGCGACACUGCCCUCCCCCGCAUUCAGAAAAGAUGGAUCCUUGAAGCUUCUGGAACUCUAGAACCUAGAAGAAGUGCACUUGAAGACGAUUUUGAUGAAGAGGAGGAAGAUAAGGAGGAUGGACAGCCUAUGGACGUAGACGAGCCUAACACUCGUGAAAAGGACCAUCUUCGUGGAAGGAGCCCCACCAAAGAACGGGAUAGGGAAAGGGAGAGGGACAGAGACAGGAAACACGAAAGGCAUCACAGGAAGAAUCAGAGCCAUGGUAGGGACCGAGAUCAUGACAGAGAUCGGGAUCAUGACAGGGACUAUGGAAGAGGCCGGGAAAGAGAUCGAGACAGAGAUAGAGGCCGUGAAAGAGAUAGAGAGAGGGAUAGGGAACGAGACCGUCACCGGACCCGAGAUGACGAUUACAACCGAGAUCGAGACCGGGAUGGCAGGGAAAGGGAACGCCGGGACAGAGACCGUGGCAGGCACAGGAGUUGCUCAAGGAGCAGGAGCCGGGAUCGGCGUGAAAGAGACCGUGAAGUGGGAGAGCUCCGUAAGAGGCGUGGCCGUGGUAGUGCCAGUCCUCCUCGAGGGCGUGCCGAGGAUGGUCCGAGGGAGGAGCCUAAUAAGAAGAGAAAGGAAAAGAAAGAGAAGAAGGGCAGCGGGAACGGUCCAGAUCCUAAUGAUCCAGAGAUUAUAGAGAUGAACAAGCUGCGUGCAUCGAUAGGGUUGGGACCACUGAAGUAG